AUGGCUCGCGUGGCCCAAGGUGGAAGUGGGAAGCCGCCGCCGCAGUCCAGAUCAAACUCAUCACAAACCUUCACCAAAUACCAUCACCUCAAACCUCCACCAGUCAUCACCAGCUCCACCAACCUCCAGCAGUCAGCACCAACCUCCACCAUCAUCACCAGCCCCUACCAGUCAUCACCAACCUCCAGCAGUCAGCACCAACCUCCACCAGUCAUCACCAGCCUCCACCAGUCAUCACCAACCUCCAGUAGUCAGCACCAACCUCCACCAGUCAUCACCAGCCUCUACCAGUCAUCACCAACUCCAGCAGUCAGCACCAACCUCCACCAGUCAUCACCAGCUCACCAGUCACCAACCUCCAGUAGUCAGCACCAACCUCCACCAGUCAUCACCAGCCUCUACCAGUCAUCACCAACCUCCAGCAGUCAGCACCAACCUUCACCAGUCAUUAACGUGUACUGUAGUGUGUAG